CAAUGGUGGGGGGAGGGGCUGUGCAUGCUCCUCACCACUCCGCACCUCGCCGCGCUCCACGUUUGCGUCAGUCCGCAUUGCUCUAUGCUCUGUCCUCGCUGCACAUCUUUGCGUUCGCAUGCUUCACAUGCUGGUCCGGUUUACAGUUUCGGUACCCGAGACAGCCUUUGACUUGUUAUUGCAUUGAUUUUUUUUGUGACUACUUUCGAAUAAUAACAGUAGAUCAAAACUUUCAAGAAUGGUAACUGCAGAGCUUCAAGCCAUUGUUAUGGCGGGCGGUAAAGGAUCACGCAUGACUGAAAUAACUGUUGGGAGACCAAAGUGUCUUUUACCAGUUGGCAAUCAACCUAUGAUUUGGUUUCCCCUUCAAAUGCUCGAACGAGCUGGUAUUCAAGAUGUUAUUGUUGUGGUUACUGAAUCCAUACGUGUGGAAGUUCAGACAGCAUUGGACCGCAGUGGUUUGAAAAUGCAUAUUGAAAUUGUUGCUAUUCCUGCUGGGGAAGAUUGGGGUACCGCAGACUCGCUCAGGCAUCUGGGUGAAAAAAUAAAGACAGAUGUUUUGAUUGUCAGUUGUGAUUUAGUAACCGAUGUGUGCCUAAAUGAAGUUGUAAAUGUGUUCAGAAAACAUCAAGCAUCUGUUACUGCAGUGUUUUUUCGAACUCACAAUGAAACAAAUGCCACAACUCCAGGCCCCAAAACAAAACACAAACCUGAAAGAGAUUUGGUUGGUAUUGAUGCUGUUACAUCACGUCUAGUCUUUUUGGCAUCUGCAUCAGAUUUUGAAGAAACUUUAUCUCUUCCUCGAUCACUUCUGCGAAAACAUCAACAUCUAACAAUUCAUAGCCAAUUAGUUGAUUCUCAUUUGUAUGUGCUUCGUCAUUGGAUUGUGCAGUAUUUGAUACAAGAAAAAUCAUUUACUACCUUAAAAGGAGAACUCUUACCAUAUAUUGUAAAGAAACAAUUGUCAAAAAAUGUUAAAUCGAUGGAAACUGAUCCUAAUGCUUCAAUAAUUGGUGUUGAUGUAAAGAAAGAAGUGGCACAAUUUGCUGCUGGGGAUCAAUUAGACACUGAUAUCUGUAACAUGUCUACCUUUAAUGAUCAUCAUGGAGACAUGAAGUCUGCAUAUCAUGGUGAUUCCAUUCGUUGCUAUGCAUAUAUAGCAGGAAAUGAUACUUUUGGAAUGCGGGCCAAUACCCUUCCUGUAUAUUGCUCUUUAAAUAGAAAAGUUAAAAACUUGUGGCCUUUGUUAACUGGUGGUCGUGAACUUGUACGCAUUAGUUCAAGUAGUGAAAUAAAGUCGAGGCAAAUGGAUGAAGACUGUUUAGUUGGAGAUUAUACUGUUGUGUCUGAGAAGACCUCAAUUAAAGGCACAAGUAUUGGUUCACAUUGUGUUAUUGAACCCAAGGUGUGCCUUACAAAUUGUAUUAUUAUGAAUGGUGUGAAGAUAAGAGAAGGGUGCAAAUUGUCUAACUGUGUUGUUUGUGACGAGGCAGAAAUAUGCAGUGGUUGUGAAUUGAUUGAUUGCAUAGUUGGAAGCACACAUACUGUUGGAGAAGGAGAGAAACAUUCUAAUGAAGUCCUGACAGAGUUGGAUCGCUUGAUGGAGAUUUGAAAAAACUUUUUACUUUGUUUUCUUGAAAAUAAAUCGAAUGUAAAUUAUGCCAAGCCAUUUCCUUUUCAUUGUGAAUAAUACCUGUAAACAUUUUUAUCCUUACCUGAAUCUUAGUCCUUAGUCAUUAAUUAACACAAUUAAUUAAUGACUAAAAUUAGAAUUGUUAGAUCCCUUGGAGGGGG